AUGUACGAGAUUCUCGGAUUUUCACCGGAACAAGUUGAACAAUAUGUCUACAAAUUAGCCGGAGAGGAAGAGGAGGCGGGUAAAAAACUAUGGCGACACAUCAACAGCAACGCGAAUUUGCUUUCGCUCUGUUAUGUCCCAGCAAACAGCUUCAUUAUGUGCACAAGUCUGUUACAAGUACUGCAAUGCGACAGUUCCGCUGUUACUCUACCGUCCGAAUUAACCAAGAUUUACAAGAUUGCAGUGAAAGUGUUUUAUUUCAAACGCACGGAAGAAUUCUGCGAUAAACAUUUCAGUCGCGAAUACUUAAAAUCAGAUGAAUUGCCCAGUAUGAAGAAGAAAUUCGAGAAAUUAGAAGGAGUGGCGUUUGAAGGAAUCGAAGAAGGAAAGCUGAUCUUUGGAGGAAAAGAAGUACGCGGAAUGGAAGACAGCACGCUUUUUCACCGCUUACCCGACCGUCGAAUUGACGCGUUAAAACAUGAAAAACAAUUCUGUUUCAUUCAUCUUUCAAUGCAAGAGUUUUUCGCUGCGAGGUACUUGACAAACAUGAGUGAAACAGAAUUGAGAAACUUUGUUUCCGAGAACAUCAAAAACGGCAAAUGGCAGCUGGUUUUUCAGUUUCUGGCAGGACUUAUGGAGGAUAAAAGUCACCUACCAAGCGAAAUUAUCACUGACCUUCUUCCUGUGGAAACCGAAGAAAUAGAAAGUGCAGAUUACAACGAAAAGUGGACAGAGAAUGACGAGAAAAGGAAAGUGACCAGCUGGCCGACUAGAGACGAACGAGAUUUAGCAGUGACAUUAAUCAAAUGUAUAAACGAAAACAGUAGAAUGAAGUUAGAAGCACAGAGAAAACUUAAACAAACUAACCUCAAUUUGGUAAAUUUUAUUUCUUGUCACCUCACAGCUGUUGAGUGCUCUUCGUUAGUAAAUGUAAUUAAUGUGCAACAAAUUUCACAUUUAGAUUUGAGUCACAAUAACAUUGGUCCAUUAGGUUGUUUGGAGAUUUGCAAAUUGUUAAAAUGUAGGGAAUCUCAACUGAGCUGGUUAAACCUCACAGGCAAUCAAUUGAUAGCUGAGGGAGCAAAGUAUUUGACUGAAGCCAUCAUCAACAACUGUCAGCUACACACGUUAAACCUCUCAUUCAACAAAAUCUCAGACAUUGAAGCACAGCUCUUGGCUGAAGCCAUCGACAACAACAACUGUCAGCUACACAAGUUAGACCUCUCAAUAAAUAACAUCUCAGACACUGGUGCAAAGCACUUGGCUGAAGCCAUCAACAACAACUGUCAGCUACGCAAGUUAGACCUCUCAGUAAAUAACAUCUCAGACACUGGAGCACAGCACUUGGCUGAAGCCAUCAACAAUAACAACAACUGUCAGCUACACACAUUAAACCUCUCAUACAAUCAUGACAUCACAAACAUUGGUAAGCAAGACUCACGCAAUUUACUAAGCAAUGGCCAGUCUAAUUGUAAGCUAUAUUUUUAG